GACACACAACCACAAUUGGUCGGAAGUCACGUGUUUCGACCUAUUGAAAACCCUAAACGCCUUCUUUCCUUUAAUCAACAGGUUCUUUUUAGUUCUUUUAAUACCAUGGAAGAAAGUCUCAAGGAAAUUUGUCUCAGUCUUUUCGACAUCGGGGCACUUAAAUUCGGCGAUUUUAAAAUGAAAGUCGGUCUCAAUUCGCCGGUUUAUUUCGAUCUCAGGGUCAUAAUUUCUCAUCCUUUGCUUAUGAAUAAAUUGGCCGAAAUUGUCCUUCUGUAUAUGAAACAGUUGGAAUUGAAAUGUAAUCUGAUAUGCGGCGUGCCCUACACAGCUUUGCCGAUUUCCACUCUCGUCUCGGCAAAAUCAAACAUUCCAAUGGUCAUUAGGAGAAAGGAGCCAAAAAGCUAUGGCACAAUGAAGUUGAUUGAAGGCGACUUCAAGAGUGGAGAGAACUGCCUCAUUAUAGAAGAUGUUGUCACAUCUGGAGGAAGCAUAUUAGAGACUGCGAAGGAUUUACAGAAGGAUGCCUUGCAUGUGACCGAUACGAUCGUUCUUGUUGAUAGACAGCAAGGAGGUAGUACAAACUUGACGAAUAACGACAUCAAAAUGCAUCCCCUGUUAACGCUUUCUAAGGUAAUGGAAAUACUGUGUGAACAUGGCAAGUUGGAUAAGAACACUGUCGAUAAGGUGAACACGUAUAUUUCCGACAAUCAAAUCUUGCCCAAUGGGAGAAAAAUGACCAAGAACAAAAUGACACUGAGUUAUAAAGAAAGAGCGUUUGAAACAAAAUCGUCGUCUGCUAAAAAGCUCUUUGACCUGAUGGAGAGAAAAGAGACAAAUCUUUGCGCUGCACUUGAUGUCACGAAAUCAGCCGAUCUUUUAAAGCUAGCAGACAUGGUCGGCCCGUACGUUUGCAUCGUGAAGACUCAUCAAGAUUGUAUUGAAGACUGGGAUUCAAAUACAGAAAAUUCUUUAAAGCAACUCUCAGAAAAGCAUGACUUUUUUAUCAUGGAAGACAGAAAAUUUGGUGAUAUCGGAAAUACGGUUAAACUUCAGUGUGAAAAAGUUUUUACUUGGUGUGAUUUUGUCACCGUUCAUUCGAUCGGAGGGCCUGGUGUCCUUGAAGGCGCUUUACAGGCGUCCCAAAAUGCUUCUAAGCCAAAAGGGGUAUUUUUGGUGGCUGAGCUUAGCUCAAAAGCUAACCUUAUACUACCACAGUAUACCAAAGCCACGGUUGCAUUGGGUGAAGCCAGGUCUGAAUUUGUUAUGGGCUUUGUAUGCCAGGAUUGUCACGUCUUCAACGAUCCCGGUUUUAUACAAUUGACCCCCGGAGUCAGCCCUAAAACAGAUGGUGAUUCACUUGGGCAGCAGUAUUGCAAGCCCGAAGAUGCUGUUCUCGUCAAAGGUGGUGAUGUGAUUGUUGUUGGAAGAGCGAUUUAUCAAUCUGAGGAUCCGAAGGCAGCAGCAGAAACAUUGAAGUGCCAAUUGUGGAAUGCUUACAAGAAUAGAUUAGUUACACGUGAAUAGAUUCCUGGAAAAUUAAAAAUAA